GCAAAGGAGCAGCGCUGCUUUACGGCAGUGCCGGUAUCCGUCAAGAUGUCGCUGGCGGGCCCGGUACGCCAGGCCGAGGCUUGUGGCCUGUGCUCGGGGAGCGGGGCCGCCGCCCGCUACACCUGCCCCCGCUGCAACGUGCCAUUCUGCUCGCUGCCCUGUUACCGCGGCUCCAAGCACCGGGUGUGCGCCGAGUCUUUCUACCGGGAGGCGGUGCUGGGCGAGCUGCGGGAGGAGAGCCGGCGGGUGGGAGGCGCCGAGGGUCGGACGGGCCUGCGGGAGAGCCUGAGGCGGCUGCGGCAGACCGAGGCCUGGGAACUGGGGGAGCUGGAGCCGGACGACCCGCAGCCUGGCGACACGGCCAGCCGGCUCUGGAACUCCCUGAGCGAGGAGGAGCGACACAACUUCCAGCGGCUCCUGGAGAGCGGCCAGGCCGCGGCCUGGAUCAAGGAGUGGAGGCCGUGGUGGGAACGGCGUCCCCCAGCCCCCGUCCAGGAGCUGGUACCCUCGGGGCUGGAAGAAGAUCGAAGAUGUGAGAAGAUAAAUAAAGCACAGCCUGUGGUUGAUGUUGCAGGAACUGGGAGGGAGAAUAAUUCAGAGAUGGAUGCAUUCACAGAACAGCUAGCGACAGACAGAUUCUGGGAACAUGAUGAUUCUAUUCCUGCAAUCUGCAGUAACAUUGUUCCUUUGCUGAGUUUGUGUUCAAAUCCCUCUCCCCUGAUCCAAUACAGUGUGGUGAACGUUCUCUAUGCAUAUGCAUUCUCCAUGAAGCUGGUGAAUGGGGACUUAUCAGGACCAAUGAGGGACGAGUUUAUCGAAGCUACAGUGACAGUUUCUGAGGCCCUGAAGGACAGUCGUGUUUUCGUGUCUACUGCAGAGGCUGUGCAGGCUGGGGUUGGAGCAGUGCGGAGCAGCCUGUAUUUUUCUAAUCCCUUUGAGCCAGUGAAUACAAUCAAGGACACAUCUGUCCUGUUAACUGGAGGAAACAGGGCAUUGGACGGUCAUUACACUUUGGCUGCAAUCUCCCACCUUCAUCAGACACUGGGAAAAGCAAAGCGAUCUCGACGUAAGAAGGACCCUGAUCAUUACCGGGCUCGGAAGAAGUGUGCGUUCCUUCUGUCCUGGGUGAAUGAACAUCGGGAUAAGCUAAUGUUUCUCUCCUUGGAGGUGCAGAAUGAGUACAAGAACACCUUUGAUUCCUUGGUCCAAGUGGAGGAAGCCAAAUCGAAUUUGGAACAAGCCUGGGGAGGAAAGCGACCACCAGAGAAGAAAGUGUUAAUUGAAGAACUAACACCCUGAUUUUGUUAAUCCCUCAUGCUGCCCACUGAUCAUUUAAUAAAGAUUAUUUAUCAAAUUA